GCGAGUUGUUGCUGAGGAAAAUAAAUUUAUAUCCAGGCGAUUGAAAAUAUGGCGACGGCAAUUUACCUUGAACAUUACCUUGACAGCAUUGAAAACUUACCUUGCGAACUCCAGAGAAACUUCACGUUAAUGCGAGAACUGGACAGCAGGACCGAGGAAAAAAAGGGGGAAAUUGACAAGCUUGCAGAGGAAUACAUUGCGAACGUUCGUAACCUUGCCUCAGAACAGAGAGUUGAACACUUACAGAAGAUCCAGAAUGCCUACAGUAAAUGUAAAGAGUACAGUGAUGACAAAGUUCAGCUCGCCAUGCAGACGUAUGAAAUGGUGGACAAACAUAUCCGAAGGCUUGAUGCAGAUCUUGCCCGCUUUGAGAACGAACUGAAACAGAAACUGGAUACAAGUGGCUAUGAGAGUCCAGACAACAGAACGUUAAAGAAGGGUGGUGGCAGAGGGUUGAAGGACAAGAGAGGGCCUAAAGGCAGAGGAAGAAAAGGGUCAGACGAAGACUCGCCACAAAAGAAAAAAAUGAAAAACAGUCCGGAAUUUUCUGAGUCCAUUUUGCCAGUCCACCCGUCUGAUGUCUUAGACAUGCCCGUCGAUCCUAAUGAACCCACAUAUUGUUUGUGCCACCAAGUGUCGUAUGGAGAAAUGAUUGGAUGUGACAAUCCUGACUGCCCCAUUGAAUGGUUUCACUUUGCCUGUGUGGAUCUUACGACAAAGCCCAAAGGGAAAUGGUUUUGUCCGCGGUGCACCCAUGACCGAAAGAAAAAAUGAGCUGUAUAUUUCUGAGAGAUUCCUUAUAUAUAAAUAUCUAUAUCUAU